AGCAUUCUCUAACGGAUAUUCAAAGCGUAAGUUUUUUUGCAAGUGUGUUUGUGUGAGAAUUCUAAGAAAAUAAAUUAUUUGCCAUAUAAAAAACAUAAGAAACCAUAAACAAAAAUAUAAACAAAACAAAAACGUGAAAAUAAAAUCCAACUCAUUAUUUAAAAAGGAGAACAUUUCUUACAUCUGCUUGGCAUCAUGUUACGCCAAAAUUCCUCAUGCAUCAACUGGCAUUUUUUGUUAGUGGGAUUAUUUUUCAUCAUCAUGCAAUGUGAUGCACGUGCGGUUAAUGUUAGUAACACCUGGACAAUGCCACAGGAGGGUCUUAAUGUAUUUUAUCGUUUCUUUCGUGAUCGAAUAUCAUGGUUUGAAGCUGAUGCUGUUUGUCAAUUCCAUCAUGCCAAUCUGGUGACAGUUGACAACAGUUUUCAAUUUGAUGCAACCAGAGACCUUUUAAGAGAAUUAGAUGUUAACGACAUUGUUUGGAUUGGUCUUAUGAGACCUCAAAGCUCUGAUCGUUUUAUGUGGUCUAGCAAUUCGAGACCUUUAGUAGCAGACACUGGCUAUUGGGCUGAAUCUUUGCCCUUAAUGGAUGCCCCAUUGUGUGCUGUAAUUGAUCCCAUACGUGAUUAUCGUUGGCAUGCUUUACGUUGUGGCGGUCCAGAGACAGCAUCCUUUUUAUGUGAAAUGCCAGUACCCAGCUGGGCAGAUGCUUGUAAUUUAAAGGACAUGCCAAAUUUAACCUUGCAAUAUAUGGCUGAUACAGCCAGUAUUGAAUUAAUACGAAAUUGUCAAGAGGAAGGUUUGUUAAGGACAAUGUGUAGAGGCAAACAGGAUCGAGAAAGAGCUUUACAAGAUUUGAUUUGUCCUAGAGAACGUUUGGAAGCUCAACGCAUUAAUGAUAUUACCAAUUCCCAUUUCAAAUCAUUGCAAAUAAUCAAUUCCAUACCCUCGGAUAAUAAUGAAAAUAAUGAUAUAGAACUUUUGCCCCUGGAGGUGAACUAUGGUCCCCAUUAUCCUGAGGAACUGCAAACCGAAAAGAAUACCGUACAGCGUCUUAUAGAACAAUUUAAUGUGGAUGAGCUAAUGCAGGCUGAUGAACCCUCUAAUAUGGAAACUGUUAGUUCAUUCUAUAAAAUACCCGGUCUUAUACCCAAACCAGUUAAGAAAUCAGCCAAAAAGGUUUUGGAUUAUCCCAAAAAGGAUAACGGCAAACAAAAGGGUGGCGACAUGACAGGAGAACAAACACAGAAGGAUAAGAAGAGAUUGGAAAUGGAGGAUAUGAUGAUGGGUGAUCAGCCUUUACAGGGAGAACCAGAAAUGCCCGAACAAUUUUUAAAUGAAGAAGUAUCAAAUGAAAUAUUGGAACCUUUGCCUCACAUAAAGAAAACCAAUAUACACAAAGAAGAUGGUUUGGAGAAAAUGGAAAAAGAAGCCACAGCCAUGAAGAAAAGUAUGCAAAAAUCUAAGGAAAUGGAAAAUAAGAAAAUGUUAAUGAUGAGCACAAGCACAACAACAACUACAACGACGACAACAACAACAGAGCCGGCCAGCACAACAACAACAACCACAACGACCACUAGCGCACCAACUACAACAACAGAAAAACUUUUGACAACCACUGUUGAUAUACACUCAACAACUAAAGCUGAUGAAGUGACAACAGCUAACGAAGACCACACUCAUAAACAUCAUCAUUAUGAAACUCAUGCAGAAUUUGAGAGUUCCGGUGGACAUUUGACAACAGCCUCUACGUCCGCCACCAUUGGACAUCCAAUGCAUCCCCAACAGCCACGCAGCAAUGUAAUUACCGAAGAAACUCAACAUCCUCAUGCCAAAGAAUCUGCAGACAGUUCACAUUUCAUACCACCCAUGCUUAUGGUAAAAUCUCAUUAUGUGCCACCUGCAAACAAACAUGGUCACAAUGAACAUGAACAUCAUCAGCACCAUCAACAACAACAACUGCAUCAUGAGGAGGAUCAAACUCACUUAGAGACCACAACUGAAGAACAAGCUGAGACAACAAUAACCAAGCAGGAACAAAAUCAAACCUCAGAUAAUGUUAUGGCGGUGACAACUCCUAAAGUUUUGGAUUUAGAGAAAACUACAUUAAAGACUUUGGACACCUCAGUCAGUAGCAGCAGUAGUACAGAAAGCGAAAAACAAAUUGCCACAACUAGACAGGAAGAACAAAAAACAGCAGCAAUAACAACAACUACUGAAAGUGACAGCAGCAUAAAACCAAUUACAGAACAGCAAACAACGGAAGCGGAACAACGUAAAAAUUCCAAAAAUUUACAUUUCGAGGAAAUACAAACCACAAUGACCGCAACAACUAUGCAGACAGUUGCCUCUACAACUACAGCAUCAGCAAUAACUACCAACACCCAGGAUAAAAUUUCGAAUAACGAAGAAACAACUUUACCAAACAGUAGCUUUGAAGAAAUUAAUAAAAAUAAAGCUGGCCAUGAAAAAGUUGAGGAGGAGACACCACAAACAAUAUACACAGAUGGCAAAGAAACAACACAAAGCACAAGACUGGUGGCAACAACAGAAAAAUCCUUAAUAACCACAGAAAAACUUUCGGAUUUACAGACAACAGUAGACAAUAUACAAAAAAUACAAGAAAUUGAUGAUACAACAACAGCUGCAGCAGCAACAGAGACAACAAAGCAACAACAACAUGUGAUAACAAGGGAAGAAAAACUGUUGGCAAUAAAAAAUGAAGAACAUAAAGAACAUUUACAAACAAUUGCAACCACACAGAAACUAGCAACAACAGAAAGAGCUGAAGUAAUAACAACAUCAACAAUGUCAGCACAAAUGCAACAACAAAAUCCAACUACAAUAAUAACAGAAACACAAAGUUUACAAGAAACGGAAAAAAAUCUAGAAGAUGAAAAUCAAGAGAAGCAAGAAGAGGACGUCGACAAACAAAAGGACCAAGAUAAAAAGGAAACAAUUGUAAAAACAACGGAAAUACUAGUAACAUCAUUGGCAACAGCCAAAGAAGAAGAAGAUACAGCAAAAACAACAACAACACUGGCAACACCAACAACAUCAAGCUCAAGUAUAACCACAACUACAACUGUUAAACCGAUUACUACAACUACACCACAAAAUGAAGUAAAAUCAACUGAAACUUCCUUUUCCUCUACGAGCAGCAGCAUCAGCAGCACUACAACUAAUAUGCCAAUAACAACAACUACUACUAAUGGAGAGACCAGCACUACCACCAAUACAACACCCACCACAACAACAUUUUCAACAGUGGUGGCAUCAUCAACCUCACCAGCAUUAACAACUACAACAAUAGAUAACGAAGCUGAAUCAGCAACAGCCCGAGCAGAAACAUCAACAGAAACAUCAUCACCACCUGAAACUACUCGCAACUUUUUAAAAGUUACCACUGAAAUGCCAUUUAAACCAAAUCGUCGACGCUCUCUUACUAAACCGGAAACAGUAAGUUAUAUGAAAAAAAUUUUAGGUUAAGUAAUAAAAAUAACAAAAAAAAAAAAAACCCACAUACAUACACGCAUACAACAGCAAAUGUUUAUAUAGAAAAAAGAGAGAAAAAUAACAUUAAACAACAAAAACCAAUUGCAAUUUAAUACAAAAGAAAUAAAAUAAAAGAUGAAAAUAAUAGAGAAAAUAAAUACUAUUGAAAGAGCAAAAUAAGAAAGUUGUGUUUAUUUUAGCCAGAGAUUUAGGAAUGAAAGAAGAGUGCACAAUAUUAUUUAGAGAUAACAACAAAAAUUAUUAAUAUUUACUGUUAGUACAUAAAAAAGUGUUAAUUUAAGAAAGAAGGACAAAUAAAGGUAUUUGAAAUUAUAAAAACAUUAGAUCCUUGAUAUUUCAGUAGAAUAUUCUUGUCACUCAAUUUUCAAUGACAUAAUAUUUUUAUGGUAAAAUUUCAAAAAUAUUUUCACAAUAAACGAGAAUAGCUGUGUCAACAGCACCAUCUAGAGAUCAUAACUGAAGCACGAGUUUCUCACAAAGAAUAAGGUCGUUUAUUGCAGUUUUAGCUUUAAAAAUCUUUUUACCAUAAAGACUUCUAAAGACUUUUUUAUGAAAACUUUGAGAAGUUUUCAUUUAAAGUUUCUAAAAAGUUCUUUUUUAUAUAAAAAUUAAAGAAAUUUUAUUUGGUGCCACCAGCAAUUCUUAAAUAAAUAAAAGAAUUUCAUUGCGUUUUACAAUGCAAAUUAACAUCUAACAUUAAUCACUGUUCAAUUAAUGCCCAACAUUAAUUUUAUUAUAUUUGCAAAAACUUUUGAAAGGAUUAAAAAAAUCAAAUAAAAAACAAACCAGUAGAGUUUUAACAAAAAACAAAUGUAAGACGUAAAAAAUGUGUAGCAUGUAAAAAGUAACAGAAAAUAUUUACCAAAAAAAAAAAAAAAUAAUAUAAAAAACCACAAUUUGUAACAUGAAUAAUUGAAAGAAAAUAAUUAAAAUAUAAACCCACAAAACACACUCAUAUACAGUAAUAAAAAACCAUUGGUAAGUCAAUUUAUAUAGAAUAAACAUCAACAAACACACACUCAAACACAACAAAACGGAAGUUUAAACAACAGCGUUGUUUUUUCCCCUUAAAGCACAAAACAAACAACGGAAGUUAAAAAGAAACAAAAUGCCAAAUAUAAAUAAAACAACAAAAAAAUUAAAGAAUAUUAAUAAGUUAAAAAAAA